CAGCGCGCCAAGGGCCGCCCGGGGCCGUGAUUGGUUGGGGAGCCGGCCGCACGCGGAGGAGCUCAAGGAGCAGCUCUGUUGCGACAGAGGCCGAGCGGCGAGGCCCCCACUCCUGAAAGGACAGUAACUACCCCUGUGGCUCAUCACCAUGCCUUCCGACCUGGCCAAGAAGAAGGCAGCCAAAAAGAAGGAGGCUGCCAAAGCCCGACAGCGGCCCAGAAAGGGACAUGAAGAAAAUGGAGAUGCUGUCACAGAACCUCAGGUGGCAGAAGAGAAAAUCGAGGAGGCCAAUGGCAGAGAGACCACAGGAGAUGGAGAAGUGGAUUUGCUGACCAAGGAGCUGGAGGACUUUGAGAUGAAGAAAGCUGCUGCUCGAGCUGUCACCGGUGUCCUGGCUUCUCACCCCAACAGUACUGAUGUCCACAUUAUCAACCUCUCCCUUACCUUUCAUGGCCAAGAGCUGCUCAGCGACACCAAACUGGAACUAAACUCAGGCCGGCGCUAUGGCCUCAUUGGCUUAAAUGGAAUUGGAAAGUCCAUGCUGCUCUCGGCUAUUGGGAAACGUGAGGUGCCCAUCCCAGAGCACAUCGACAUCUACCAUCUGACUCGCGAGAUGCCUCCUAGCGAGAAAACACCCUUGCAGUGUGUGAUGGAGGUGGACACCGAGCGGGCCAUGCUGGAGAGAGAGGCUGAGCGGUUAGCACAUGAGGAUGCGGAGUGUGAGAAACUCAUGGAGCUCUAUGAGCGACUGGAAGAGCUGGAUGCUGACAAAGCUGAGAUGAGGGCCUCGAGGAUCUUACAUGGAUUGGGCUUCACACCCGCUAUGCAGCGCAAGAAGCUGAAAGACUUCAGUGGUGGCUGGCGGAUGAGAGUUGCUCUUGCUAGAGCCCUCUUUAUUCGGCCCUUCAUGCUGCUUCUGGACGAGCCUACCAACCACCUGGACCUGGAUGCUUGUGUGUGGCUGGAAGAGGAACUUAAGACUUUCAAGCGCAUCCUGGUCCUGGUGUCGCAUUCCCAGGACUUCCUGAAUGGGGUCUGUACCAAUAUCAUCCACAUGCACAACAAGAAACUCAAGUAUUACACGGGUAAUUAUGAUCAGUAUGUGAAGACACGGCUGGAGUUGGAAGAGAACCAGAUGAAGAGGUUCCACUGGGAGCAGGACCAGAUCGCACACAUGAAGAACUACAUUGCCAGGUUUGGCCAUGGCAGUGCCAAGCUGGCCCGGCAGGCCCAAAGCAAAGAGAAAACACUACAGAAAAUGAUGGCAUCUGGACUGACAGAAAGGGUUGUGAGUGACAAGACGCUGUCAUUUUAUUUCCCACCGUGCGGCAAGAUCCCACCACCUGUCAUUAUGGUGCAGAACGUGAGCUUCAAAUAUACGAAAGACGGGCCUUGCAUCUACAAUAAUCUAGAAUUUGGCAUUGACCUUGACACACGAGUGGCUCUGGUAGGACCCAACGGAGCAGGGAAGUCCACUCUGCUGAAGCUGCUAACCGGAGAGCUUCUGCCUACAGAUGGAAUGAUCCGGAAGCAUUCUCAUGUCAAGAUAGGGCGUUACCAUCAGCACUUACAGGAGCAGCUGGACCUUGACCUUUCACCAUUGGAAUACAUGAUGAAGUGCUAUCCAGAGAUCAAGGAGAAGGAGGAGAUGAGGAAGAUCAUUGGGAGAUAUGGCCUCACUGGGAAACAGCAGGUGAGCCCAAUCCGGAACCUGUCGGAUGGGCAGAAGUGCCGAGUGUGCCUGGCCUGGCUGGCCUGGCAGAACCCUCACAUGCUCUUUCUGGACGAGCCUACCAAUCACCUGGACAUCGAGACCAUUGAUGCUCUGGCAGAUGCCAUC